AUGGAUCCGUCCUCACCCUUCCUUGCGAAGACUCUGUCGUCGUUUGAGAAACGACACCGAGAGCGGGCCACCAUCGUAUUGGACGACCUUGAGAAUGGUCUUCGGAAGGAGAAGAACGGAGAGCUUACUCUCUCCUGGGACGUUCUUCAAAGCAUUCGCCUGCUCCUCUCGAUGCACGCAAAAGGCUCGCUUCAGGUCAUCCUCGUCACUUCAGACGACCGCGUGCAAGGCUGGCCUCGCGAGGCUACUGAAAGUCCGGCACAUCUCAAUCCCGUCCAUCCAGACAUGGUGGAUUAUGUGACCAGAAUGACAGCCUUGACAGACCAAGAGGCUGCAAUGGCGGUUGAGGAGCUCAAGAUCGUCGAGAAGGGAAGCAUGAGGGAACUCUCAGAGUUCGUGGCGCACUUCAUCUCGCUCGAUCACGAGGAGGCGUCUGCCAGGCUGCCAGGAUAUCUUGACGAGCGAAGCAAGCUGCACAACCUGUAG